AUGUUUCGAAGCGAGCCAAUGAGUCUUUGUCAGCUUCUCAUACCAUUUGAAGCAAUCUAUACCACGAUAGCCGAGCUGGGUGAGAGUGGCUGUAUGCAGUUUACAGAUCUUAAUACAAAUUUGCAUAUCACGCAACGCAGCUUCUUCAACGAAGUUCUACGGUGUGAUGAACUACAACGUCGACUCAACUAUAUAGCUCAGCAGAUAACUAAAGCUGAGUUGCAGCUUCCGGAAGCGCCCGAAGACGAUGAUGACGGUUACAAUGAGCCAGCAGCACCAAAUGCACGACAGAUAAACGAAAUGGAAGCACAACUCGAGCAAGUGGAACUCGAAUUGCAAGAGCUCUCCCGCAAUGGAGCCGACAUCAAGCGCAAUUACCAAGAACUAAAUGAACACAAGACGGUACUGGAGCAGCUCGAGAAUUUUUUUGUUGAACGCGCCAGCCUAAACGAAGUCGAGAAGUACCUUUACUACGUAACGGGAGUUAUGCCUUUGGAGCACUACUUCAGCUUGGAGCGCAUGAUUUGGCGCGUGACCAUGGGCAAUGUGUUUUUCAGGCGCACGGAUGUGAUGGAAGAGAUUUCAGAUAAUAAUAAACAAUCCAACCCACGAGCAGUAUUCGUAGCCUUCUUUCAUGGCGAGCAGUUGAAGGAGCGCGUUUUCAAAAUAUGCUCCGGUUAUCAUGUAGUCAAUCAUCCAUGUCCUUUGGACGCCAACGAACGCGCUCAGCUACUAACAGAGAUCAAGGUGCGUAUGGCGGAUAUGCAGCUGGUACUAAGCCAAACGGAUGAUCAUCGCAAUGGCGUCUUGCGACGAGCAGCUCUCUACAUGCACAACUGGCGCACACAACUGAUCAAAAUGCAAUCCAUUUAUCAUACGAUGAACAACUUCAGUAUGGACGUAAGCAAGAAAUGCCUGGUGGGUGAGGGCUGGACACCCUCAAGCGACUUGGAGCAGCUGAAGGCUGCCUUGCAACGUGGCACACAGAAGGCAGAGAGUUCAACACCAACCAUUUUUCAAGUUGUCCAGCCCAGCGUGGAAACAUAA